ACUUUUGUCGCUACAUCGGAAGAACCGUUUUGGUUGUGAGAGAGAGAGAAAGAUCGAAAACGAUGGACUUCGUCGAAGAGGAAUCACGCCCGCGAUUCCUCUUCCAAUCCAGAACAUCGCCAUUGCCCACCUCCGAUCUCCAACUCACCAAGCUCUCCAAGCUCCACGCUUUCCUCUGCGUCUUCGCCGGAUCUCUCCUCUUCGCCGCCGCCAUCUCUCUCUCUUCUUCCCAACCUCUCCUCUCUUCUCUCCUCUUCUGGGUCUCGCUUUCUCUCUUUGUUGGCCCGUUUGCUCCCCCUUCCCUCACCGGCGGCGAUGUACGUGUCGGCGUCGGAGAACCUCUCCCCGAUCCGGAGCCGAUUCCCGAUCCAUUGCCUGAUCCCAAAGCUCAGCCGCGUCACGCGACACGGAGGACGCGGGCUCCCGUCCCCGAUCCGGCGCCGAUUGUUGUCCCUGCGGUGGCUCCCGAGAAGAAGCCUCGUGCUCAGGCAGCGGUCCCGAAUGGCGGGCAGAUGGAGGAAGCCGACUGGACGGAUUUGGAUCUCGACUUGCUCAAGAAGCAGAUCUCGAAGCACCCCGCCGGGGAGCCGGGGAGGUGGGAGAGGAUUCAAGAGGCGUUUCAAGGGCGUCAUGGUGUGGAGAGCGUGAUUAGGAUGGCGAAAUCUCUGGCGGAGAGGAGGCCUGGAGAUUCGGAUUCGUAUCAGCGCUUCUUGAAGCAGCGGAAGCCGGUGGAUCGAAGAGUGGAGGAAGAGGAGGCCAUCAGUGGGGGUUGGAGUUCUGGGGAGGAUCUCGCGUUGCUGAACGCGUUGAAGGCUUUCCCGAAGGACGCGGCGAUGAGGUGGGAGAAGGUGGCGGCUGCUGUUCCUGGGAAGUCCAAGGCCGAGUGUGUCAAGAGGAUAGCUGAGCUCAAGAAGGAUUUUCGGAACUCCAAGGCUUCACAGGCUUAACAUUUCAAAGCCUGAAACUUUUCCAAUUGUUUAAAGCUAAAAGGAUCUGGACAUUGGAGGGGUGCCUUAGUUCAUCACAUGGUAUAUUCUCACAGCAAAUUGUAUACAAAAUUGUAUGCAAUGGAGGCAGGCAUUUUU